GACUGACUUUACUGCAUUAGCCUGCGCAAGGGUUUCCCGAAAGCGUCGUAAGCCUAAAUGGAUCGUAGAUUCCAUCGUAUGACGAAUCUUAGUUUUACGGGCCGUACCCAAACACAUCUUGGCUAAAGUGUCUCUCGAAAAUUCGUAACUCUAUAAAGUGCAUAGUUUAGCUUACUCCUUAUGAGCAUGUUUGGGAAACGCACGUAAGAAACAUCGAUGGUUUCGUUUUUUGCUCGUUCGUUGCCACGAUCCAUCGUUAUCGGGAAACGCAGUCCAGAGCAACUCUAAUGGAUGAGAAGCAGCUAACCUAGUUCGGCAUGAGCUAUCCGAGUUCUAGCUAAUACACCCCAUGUUGGAUGAAUAUCGUCCAGACUAGUCUUGUUGUUUGCUAUUGUAAUUGUUUCGGAUCAUGUUUGUCUGGGUAUGCUUUCUGCUUAGUGUCUCAUUUUGCAGUGCUGGUGCUUUCUUGGAUACUGCCCGCGUCUGUUAUGGCACGGAAUAUGUUUUUCCAUCAAAAUACAAAUCAUAUUUCACAAUUACCAAGCUGUUCUUCAAGCCAUCAUACCCUCAGGGAUCACCCAAGACACUGGUGUUAGACAAAUUGGAGCUAAAAGCCCCACGUUACAAAUCCAGCUUCUCGACCUUGAGAAUACCUGAUGUAACAGAAGAGGACGAUGGGAUUUUCUCUAUUAUGUAUGUCAAUGGCGUUACAUUUGAUAUCCUCGAACUGGAAGUUACUGCUUGUUCUUCCAAAGUAGAAUUGACUUACGGCUCUAGGUUCUUGCAGACUGUUGUCAAUCAAGCUUCUACCUUAGACUUCCUGCCUUUAGACUCUUCCUCUGAGCAAAUGGUACUCUGGAAUCAAACAAACACCAAGGCUCGCAUAGAGGGCAUGGGGGUGUUUAUAGGCUACUCAUGGUUGGUAAAGUUUGUCACCCAAAAGCAUCAGGGCCACUAUACCUUCAGAAACAGCGAUGGCCGGAUUCUGUCCAGAACAAAGCUGGAAGUGAAAGAACAUGUUGAGUGGCACACUGUGGACAGUGAGGAGAAUAUCUUCAUCAAUUUCGCCCUGGACUCUAAUGAGUGCGACCUCAACUUUUUUCCGGAAGGGGAAACAGAGGCCAUACUUUUGAUUAAAAAUGGAAUAGAGAUGUAUGGCAAACCCAUCAAUGACAAGGUUCGGAUACUGGGUCGAAGAUCACAUUUUGCUUUUAAAAUUGCUGAUUUAGAGAACAAGGAUUCUGGCAAGUUUGAGCUCAGAGACCAGGACAACAACUUGGCUUUAGUAGUUUGGCUGAAGGUAAAAUCUGGUAUUUAUAUGUCUACACAUAUUUUUGUGGGAGUUUUUGUAAUUUUCCUGGUGGGUCUCUAUUGUUGUGUGAGGAAGUGCUGCCCUAAGAGGAAAGCCUCCAAACAAAACGCCUCUCCUUCCGGGUCAGGGCAGGUCGUGGUCCACCAAGACGAAACCUGUCACAUGACCAGUCAACCCUCAGGCCCAAGUUACCCCAGCCCCCCAUAUUUUCAGAGUUAUGCUAGUGAACCGGUCGUCACAAUAUCCCCCGCUGAACCCUCUGGCCCAACGUAUCCCUACCAGUCCACUGCUCCUCCUCCCAAUCCAUCGUCCAAUGACACGACGACCCUUAAGGAUGACCCCCACACUCAGGUGUCCACCUCCACAGGACUGGAUCCUCCUUCGUUCUCUCUGGGUUUCGGCUUCCUCUCUUCGGAUUCCGAGACUCAGUUUAAGCUUCCUCAGAGACUAAACCACCGCACUGACUUCUUUCCCAGCUCAGACCCUUCCUCCUCUGCAGAUGUGUACAUCUCUGACAAACUGAACUUCCGUUAAAAGAAAAUACUGUAUCUGGUGGGACCAUACCACAUUUAUUUAUGUUCUUGUCUAGUCACACGUCUGUUAUGUGGCCUAAUUCUAUGGAUAAGUAUUCAUUAUUUUAUCAUUAAUUUAUUGUUUAAGCAUAUUUUUGCACCUUUUUAAGGAUUCUACAGGUCUACUUUGUUGAGUUUAGGAUAUGUGCAAGCCAAAUCACCAUCUCCAGUUUUUAUACAUUUAUAUUUUCCACUUUUAUAUAUUUAUUCUCUGAGAAUUUGUGCCUUUUUUAAUCUAUUAUUUUUGCUCGGGUGGAUUAUCCAAUAUUUUGAACUAUGACUAUCCACCACCAGUUAGCAGUCACUUCUGUGAACCUAUCUGCAUAUAUAUCUAUAUCUACCUGCUUGCCUUAUAGCCCUGGUGCUGCCGGUCCUGGUUGUCUUGCCAUGCCUUUCUGACCUCAUAUACUAUUGGACAACUCAAUGUCCCAUAUGGAAACUAUUCUAACUUUGUGCGUGUGUGUUGUUUUUGAUCUAAAUAUAUUACUAUAAAGAUGUUGUCCACACUUAACUUCUCUGUCGAACUCAGCAAAACAAGAAACCUAAGCACUAAUACCUAAUCACUUGUCUUUCAGUAAAAAAAAAAAAAAAAGAAGAAAAUGUAGAAAAUAUAUAGUGCUUGAUCAGUACUCUCAUGAUGUCAUAUAUGUAUUGUCUCGUAAUAAUUGUAAUCUGUUACGGCCGUUAAGUGCAAUUAAAUAGUGCAACCUCUAGUCAUAAAAUGUACAGUAUUUGUGUUCAACCCUAUCCCUGGUAUCCACACUAGUUCAUGUUCGCUUACAUUUCUGAAUGAAGGCUGUUCACUUACAUUUCUGAAUGUAGGCCGUUUGUGAUCAACAUCAGAUUACAGUAAAUUCAAGUUAUUAGCUAUUUUCCUAUUUGGUUGUUGAGGAGUAGGAGCAUUUAUUUGUUUAAUACUGGCGUACAGGUUUUGAUCAAAAGUGCUGGUGUUUCUGAUUGGCUGAUAGGUGGCAUUAAACUCUGUAAAACUCAAGAUACCAAACCCUCUGAUCACAACAGUCUACUGGUGAUACCGAACCCUCUGAUUACAACACAACUUUUUCA